AUUAGACAUGGCCAAUUUGGUCACGUGACUAGCAACUUGACAGUUUACAAAUGGCGGCCACCAUCGUUCAACAGGAGUAAAUAGUUUCAAUUGUUGUUCGCGAUUCUAUUUUAGCGUGAAAUAGACUUUUCACUGCAACAAUGGAUAGAGGCCGUAACUUGGAAGCUUUGGCAGAGGAAGAUGAUGAGGAGGAGAUGGAGGAAGAACACAGGAGGGAUAGUGACAGUGAUUCCAGUACCAGUGAUGAUGAUGCUCCAGAUGAAGGCACUAAACGUGGUGAACCAAACAAGUUUGAUAUUCUCUGUGAUGGCGUCAACAAUUCAAUGGCAUUGGUCCACACUGCCAUGGAAGAGCUUCUGGAGAUGAAGGAUGAGAUGUUAAGACAUCAGUUACCACCAACAUUGCUGAUUAAACUAGCAACAACCACUGGCAAAGUCUUCAGAAGUGUCAGUGAUUUAAACAUGCCAGUAAAUGAGCUUCUAAGACUUGUAAGAGUUUAUUCUACACCAUGGGAGGAAAAAAGUGCUGCACUGAAGAAACUUCAUGAAGAUUAUGAAGCCAAACAAAGACAGCUGAAUAUAGCCAUCAAACGUUUACAGCUUGUUGAUGCCCAUUCAAAAAGAAUUGCCAGGGAGAAGCGUGUAAUGAAUUGGGAAAAGUUGUUUGCCAAGGUCAUGAGUAACAAAGGUCAUGGAAGACGUUGGAAAUUUCUUAUCGAAACUAUCAAACAGAAGGCAAAGCUUGGAUUGGAGCACGUUCAAGAGUUUACACGUCAGUUAGACGAGUCGGACGAUGAAGAGGAAGAUGAUAUGCCUACAAUACAGUUUAAACAUGGUGGCGAGAGUCCGUCUGCUAGUGACAAAGUCUCGAAAAAGAAAGCUUCAAAAUUGAAAAAAGCUUCAAAGGCAAAACCAGUGAAAGAAGCAGAAGAUACUGAGGUUGAGGAGGAGGAAGGGGGCGGAGCUGAGAAGGCGGAGUCAGAGUCUGUUGCUGGAAGUGAGGCAGAGAAAGAAAUUCCCAGUAUUAAGAUAGAGAGUGGAGUACAGGAAGAGGAUGAGGAUGAAGAAGAGAAGAAGGAGAAGAAGAAGAGGAAGGGGAGGACACUGAAGCUGAUUCACAAGCUGCAAAGCAAGCUUAAAGUCAGAUUUGCUGAGGAGACUCAGGUACCAGUAGUAAAGAAAGAGACAAAAGAUGCUGAAGUGUCAACACAGGACCCAGAGUAUGAUCACUUUAUGUUCGUCCGUCUGUACAGUCCGAUAGGAAUGACUCAAAGUGACAUAAAAUGUUCAGUGACAUUUGGCAAACAAUUUUUCAAAACAAAGAGGCUGGAUAAUGAAGCUGAUGCAGAAAAAGAUAAGAAAGUUGAGCCAAAACUAAGUGAUAUCAAGAAAAGACAGUAUGAAGAAGCUAUGUUUAGUCUCCCAGACCCUAUUCCUGAGGGUAUAUGGAUAAAAAACAAAAGUUCCCUGCCAACCCCACCACCAAAUUUCCAAAUCUCAAUACACACUGGAGCAACGGACACUAUGACUGCCAUGGCAACAAUAGAACUUGCAGAUUUAAAAGAUAUCAAUCUUAAGGAGGUCAUCCUGCCAGGUCCUCAUGGCGAUGAUGAUGUUCCAAAAACACCUGAGCCCCCAGAUGAUGAUGACCUUGACUCUCUAUCAUCAGAGAUUGAUAUACCCCUCCCAGGGGAUGAGAAGAAACCAGACCCACCCCAGGAAGAUAGAGUUAAGGAUGUUGACCCUAUGAUGUACCCGCUUUACUCACUAGAUGGCAGUUCAGCUGUUCAUAAACCAUGUGGUAGUCUGCCAUUGAUCAUAUACUGGGGCAAGAAGGUUAGGCCUCAGACUUUCAAUAGGCAAUCAGGUACACAUGGUGUCACUGAGCUAGUGUUUGAGCUGACUGGCAUUGACCUUGAAACUACAUCAAAGGCUGACCUUAAUAAAGAAACCAAAGAUCGGGCUACUUCGGUCAUCAACUUUGCCCCUGAUGUUCAAGACCGUGCACUGUCGGCUCUCAGGCUCACACCAGAGGUAGAGCCGCCCAACCCACCAGCAUCGCCAGAGCAAGACGAUAUUCAGGAGGAGAUUAUCACUGAUGUAAAAGAGGAACCCAAGGAAGCAGAAGAGGAACAGGAACCUAAAGAACCAGAAGAGGAGAUGAUACCCAAGGUGGAGUAUGACAAGGUCGUGGAGAAACAUAGUAAAGAUAUGCUGUUUAUACAGGAAGAAUAUGAGAAGCGUCUGCAAGCAUUGGUUGAUAACUUACAGCAAAUGGAACAAAAUCAACAAGUUCAUCAGCAACAACUUCUGAAACAACAACAACAAAUCUCUGAUCAGCAGAAGUUGUUAACUCAGAGACGGCAGCAAAGUCCAGGUUUAUCGCCACAAGCCACUAUGGUACCACCUGGUACACCUAAAAAAUCUGGUGAGUCAUCGGAAGUUAACAGACCAAUUAUACAUGCUCCUAUGCCUCCACAAAAACCACGGACAAAGGGACCAAGAAAAAAGCAAACACCAGCACCGAAAUCAUGGGAUGGUAUUCCAUCAGAGUUUUUGGAUAGGCUGGCAUAUUUUGAGGAUGAAAGUAAUCGUCAUAAGUUUGAGUUGAUUGAGAAAACUCGUAAAGAGAUACAAGAUGAUAUUGAGAAAAAGUUGGCGGGACAACAUAAACUUAGCAGACGUGAUCAAGAGAUGUAUGAAGCUCUGAAUGAUGUAAGUCUGCCAGCAUUAUUCAUGCCAUUUCAACGUGGAAGUGUGUUUAAUCCAAGGGCGCACCAAUAUUUCCAUCCAACUGGGUCUAACGAGCUUCGACUAACACAGCCACCAUCAGUCUUUCAGUUGCCUCCCCUUAGUAAAAAUAGCUCUUCAAUUUUAAAUUUGUUUGAAUUGAGUAAAAACUUUAAUAGUCGAAAUCAAGGCUGGUUAAUGGACAAGUAUUUACAACAACAAGAACCUGUAAAAAAUGUUCACGGAAUGAUUCCGCAAACAACAAUGCCCACAUCACAAAUGAGAUCUCCGUCGGCACCUUUCACGCCUCAGCCGACAUACGACGUUCCACCAACACGCGAGGAAGAAUACAGACAAAGGACGAUGGAAGCAGAGGCUGAAUGCUAGCUUUUGCAAUAUAUAAUGUUAUAUAUCUGUGAUAUUUAUAUGUACACGUAUAAUAUCUAUCGAAAUUUCGUGAACAUUUGGCAUGCAACUGUAUCCCAGUCUUUCAAAACGCUCCUUGAAGUGUUUUAAAGAGCAUAAUAAUUAAUAGGUGUUGCCCUCAAUCUACUAGAACUAAAAGUUAUCAGCAUUUCUCACCAGUAUAGAGACAGACCAGCCUGCACUUGAGGGUGCAUUCUGACCUGGCGCUAUACUGUUGGUAGCUCAGUAUUUGUAUUUUUGUUUUGAAAUUUCCUGAGGACUAAAAUUCUUUGAUUCAUGCUCACUGUUUCUCUUAGUAUAAGCUACUUUAAAUAAGAAGUAUCUUUGAUAUUUAGUGAGUAGAACUUAGUAUAAGCCAUAUUACCUCCCUACUUGGCAUUGUUAUCAAUGUCAAGGUCACACAGGUUAAACUAGAUUGUACUGCUUUUCCAUAUGAUCAAGAUUUUAGCUUUUGGAAUCAAAACAUUUGAGGAGCAUUAUAAAUCAGGAGACAUAUUUUAAUAUUGAGCAUUGACCGCAAAACAGCUGUAAGUUUUAUGAAAUAAAGAAGGACAAACAACAGUUUUGCGAUCAGCCCUCAAUAAAUCUAAAAAGUAAAUAAGAGUCAGUAUGAAAUGGUGACAACAAUAAAUUUUGUCUAAUAAACAUUUUUACGGAAAAAAAAAUCAGUUUAAUGUGACAAUGUAUGCCAAAUGUACAUGAACUUUUGAUAGAUUAUGUUCCUUCAAAUGCAUUUCUGAUAUUGUUUUAUUGACUGCUUACUUAUAUCUUUAAAAUUGGUUAAAAAUAUAUUAUAAUUAUGUAUUACCUAAUAAGAAACAUUUUACCAUAUUUGGUAAGUUAAGCAACUAGCUUGAACAUUUUUACUAUAUUUGAAAAAUGAGUGAAAUGUUGUUCACUUUUUCAGUACAGUUUAGAAUAUAUUAUUAUUAUAUAUCUGUUCUUGGAAUAGGUACAACUAAACUGUUUUUUUUUAUCAUUUUUAUAUGUAUUUCAAGUUUUGUGUAAUAUGAAACAUUUGCCAGCAAGUUGAUGGUAUGUUACAUAAAUUAGAAAAUAAUGACCUAUUAAAAGUAUUUUUUAUGUACUUCCUUUAUCCUCUUAAUGUUAAAGGGCCAUAAAUGAUUUAGAUAAAUAUAGAUAUAAAGGAAACUGUAAAUAAUGCACCAAACUAUAAAAAAAAAAGCAGAUUUGGUUUGGGUGAGCCUGUUCAGAGACUUCUGUGGUAUAUGCUAGCUACUGUACACCUUCUAAUCAGCAUUUUAGCAUCAGGUUGGCAUUUUCAUAGACCAGUCUGACCCGACUCGGCCAGUCUGACCAAACUCUAAACUGUUAUCUGCUGACUCUUUUUUAACGAAAACCCUAAAACCAACAAUGAACUCUUCCAGAUUUAAAGAUGGACAGGUCUGUUACAUAAAUUGAGGGGGAAAAAGUUGACAAUUUUAUAAUAAGUGAAAAUAAAUGAUAGAAAAUUGAGGAAUGGAAAUAUUGCAUAAGUAAACAAAAAAAAUAAAAUCUUUUAUUUAGAUUUGUAAUGAAAUAAAUUGUUGAUAUAUAUGUAUGUUUUAAGAUUGAUAAGCUUGUUUUACACACUUCAAUAAAAUGAGUAAAAUACCCAUCAA